UCCUCACAGUGCACGGAGCUGCAGUGCUACAUCCAGCCGCUGUCGGCCAUCCUGCGGGGCCUGAGAUCAGGCAGGUACUCUGAACGUCUCAGCAGUUUUCAGGAGAGCGUCGCAAUGGACCGUAUCCAGAGAAUAAUGGGGGUCCUUCAGAAUCCAAACAUGGGCGGCCGCUUCCUCAGCAUCAUACUGAAAAUAGAAGAAAUGCUCCAGAGCUGGUUCCCAAACAUCAAACCGACAGACGACGGCUCUCCGCCCAAGAAACAAAAGCAUCAUAGCAGUGCCUCCUCUCCUCCUCCUCCUCCUCCUUCCUCUCUGCUCUGCUCCUCAGACGUGGAGCCGGCUGUCGCAGCCUCGUACUCCUCCACUCACCUCAAAUGGCUUCACACGUCGGCGGUCUGCUCCCUGAAAACUCCAGAAUCGACGCUCAGCCGGCCCGCCGCCGCCGCUGCCUCCCCUCUGCCGGCACGCUGCAGCCAGGAGGCGACCCAGGACAAUGCCGUCUCCUCCAGCACCGACAGACGCACAGGGCACCGCCUCGCCGCCGAACCUCGCCUGCCCUUCAAGAUCAGCUCGCCGUGUCUGGAAAGACUCCUGAAGGCGAAGGACAGCAUCAUCGCCCCGAGGACUAUGGGAGACGGAGGCUGGUUGUCGGAGCUGGUUUGAGAGGACGCUUCACACGUGGCGAGACCUCGACGCUCCGGCGCCUCGCGGCUUCCUGACGACACUUAAAGGCCUUAAAAAAAGCAUGUUUCAAAGUCUUCUACAUCUUUUUUUAAAUGCAGCUGCCGAGGUUCUCCAGGACGAAACGUAGAUCGGACUGUUGAGGAUCCGUCGGACCUGGACAGAUCUAAAGGAGGAGUUGGCAGAAGAGGAUCGUUACAGAGGGAACAAAGGAGGCCGGACUCUGGACUCUGUAUUUAUGGAUCUGAAUAUGAAUGAAUGCACAUUACGUUGGGUAUGGAGACUUUUCGUACCUGAACACUCGGACUGUUACCUUGUUUGAUCUGCUUCUCUUUAGGUUUUUAAUGAUUCCUCUACCUCAUGCUGAAACCACGACACAGUUCGACCACAUUGACGACUCGUGCAGCCUCGCUGACGGUGGAAACUCCAUCAUAUUGAAAUAUAUCAACGUAUCCAGAGUCAGUUGUCAAGUCUAAUUAGCUUGUAGUCAUUCAUUUAAACAGUAUGAAUGUGAGUAAAGAUAAUUAACAGCUCCACUUUAACCAAUGUGAGUUUUUGGAGUUUUUUUUUUUUUUUAAGGUUUCAGAGAACGUGAAACACCCCAAAACCUGGGCAGCUUUCCGUUUCCACUCAUUUUUUCAGCUACUUCCAUUAACAGUAAAUAUAUUUGGUCGCCAGCGGUGACGGUGCCUGUAAUCUUUUACAUUUUAACGUUGUUGUGAAAGCGAUCAAUCACAGGGACCCCGGAGGAAACCUUAAGACAGAACCUCUUGAGAGCGUUAUUGGUCGCUGUCUCGCUGAUUUCUCUCCACAGAGCCGUGAACAGAGCCCGUCCUGCUGACACUACCUGAUGGAGGAUAAAGUUCACAGUGUUUCAGUUCGGCUGAAGCUGAUAAUCUUCCUCAUAUUAGCUUCAGCGAGCAGAACUUUUUAAAAGUACCAGUUAAAACGUGUAAUAGAACAAAAUUCCCGCCGUGUGUGUGCAGCAGGUUGUGCCUUGUACUUCUGACUGGCAGGAAGUCACACAGAAACGGCAUAGAGAAUCUGGUCGAUUUUCAAAAUAAAACACCACAUGUAGAUUUUACAGUUUUCCCUUUAUGGACAAAAUACACAAAUAAACGGACAGGCAACUGGCUAUGAAGACGCUCUGCUUCUGAAACGCUCCCGGUGGGAUUUGGAGACCUUGAAGCUAAACAAAGUUGUAAAACCGUUGUAAAUGCUCGGUGAAACUUCGAGGUUCGGCGUAUUCAGACCAAAUGAGGCGUUGCGGCAGUGUGUGCGAUUAUUUGUGCUGUGAAACAAUCAGACAAAAACUUUAUUGCUUAAAUUCACCGGCUUUCUCGUUACCAGCGCUCCCUCUUCUUAUUUAAACAACUGGGAACGUGUUAUUAUAUUCUGACUGUGGAGCAGUUUGAUGGCUGGGUUGAGUUUCAGCUGUUCAGCUGCAGGUUGCUGAGUUUUAUUUCCUCAAACAGAGUUUUAGUCCUAUUUGACUAAAGUGGACACAGCGACCAGUAAUCCCUUCAGUGAACAAUAUGAGUUUUGUAUUAAGACGAACAUCCAGUACAGUUAAACUCCGUGCUCAGACAUGUAGAGGUUUCCUUUCAUGUACAUAGUUUCUCACCUUUCAUUUCCUCCUGAGAGAUGGCCUUUGUGAUAUUUUGUACUUCUGAAAUAAAUGUGAUGUCUGCUUUC